GCACCUGCACCUGCAGCUGCCCCGGCUACUUCGCCCACUACGGCCACAACAUCCUCGUCGGCGCCACCUGCUGCGAUGGCUAGCGAAGCCAUGGCAGGCUACCCAGCAGACCAGGUUCAUUGCUUGCGGCCAAUGAAGCCCUCGGACAUGGACCAGGCCGAGGCUCUGUGCGCCAUCGUGGAGUCUGAGCUGAUCUUCUCCUCAGAAGAGGACAUCAAG